CUCGUCAAGGGUUGAGUGUCGGAGUCUUUAUGAGAAAGUGGUUUUCGUCACGGGGGGUGAGAAAAAAGCAAAGGAAAAAUUCAAGAAAGUCUGAUCACACGUGGGUCAUGACUACGUCGUACAUCGCGAAACAUCAACAUGAGUCUCUGUUCACGGAGACGCUUUCGCAUCACUCCUAUGCGAGCUCUGGCGGCAUUCUUCCUGAUGAUUGUGCUGUUCUGGUAUAGCCUCAGUCGGCAAGAAAUUCCGCAGCAGCCAUGUAGCGUGCCCGAAGAAUUUACUGAGAAAUUACAUGAUCUCGCUUACAGGGCUCAUUUGGUCCUCACUAAGUUAGGCAUCGUCCACUUUCUUUGCCUGGGCGGCCUUUGGGGUCAAGUUCGAAUAGGCCGCGCACUGCCAUGGGCACGUAAAGUGGAACUAUGCUUGGUCGACACGCUUCGCGACGAUGUCUUAAUCACAAAAGCCUUCCGAGAAGUCGGUUUGAGUGCAACUUAUCUUCACGCAGCGGGAAUUUACAGGAUACAGGAACACGAAGUCGGCGAAGAUGCACCUAAAGUGGAAGUGGUUGUUUUCGAGGAAGACGCAGUGACGCAGAUGGUGAGAAGAGUCGGCUGGACCAGAAGGGUCCUGCCUCCAGACUGCGAGUUCUCGCCGAGUCUACAGUGUUUUCCACCACAAUUAGUGAUACCUCCUCUACCGGCGAAACAAUUCGGCGGCCGAUUGAUGCCCGUGCCACGAGAAGGCAUAGAAUUACAGAAGUAUCAUUAUCCUAACGAUUGGUGGUUGGAGAUCAAGCCCACUGACUGUACGGAGCUCCAAGAGACAAAUGUGUAGUGUACAAUCAUAUCAAUCAUGCAAUUAGUCCUAAUGCUAUAUUAGAACAUUGUAUAAUUCGCUAAAUCGGAACAUUGUCUAAUCAUUGUUUAAUCAGCUUCGAUAUAAUUCAGUUAUGGUUUAGUUAUUUAUAGUGUUCAACUGAUAAUUAGCUUGGAUUAUAAUGAAGAAAGCGCCGAGAUAUUUUUUACUAUAAAAUAUUUUUACCAAAAUAUUUUUUAGAAGUAGACAUGA